AUGGAGCACGAGCUCCUCACCCUCCUAGCCGACACUCAGUCGCCGGUUGCUGAUACAAGAAAAGCCGCCGAGCUCAGUCUACUUCGUCUGUAUUCAAACGAAAGCUUCCCCCUCUCCCUCGCAGCAAUUGCCUCUCACGACUCCGUUCCUACCAACCUCCGCCAAUCCUCCCUCUCAGUCCUUCGCACUUUCAUCGCCGCCGCGUGGUCCCCAAACCUGGAUGAGUUCAAAGGCCAAGUUCUAGUCAGCGAUACCAACAAAGCCCAGAUCCGACAAGCUCUUCUUGAUCUGGCAACGGUCAUAGAAGUAUCUGAGCGGAAGGUCAAGUCUGCGGCCAGUUUUGCCGUCAGCAAGAUCGCGAGCGCCGACUACCCCGAACAAUGGCCCGAGCUGCUUCCUGCGCUCCUACGAAUCAUCAAUGACACCAACAGUACGCCCGGAGCGCUGCAUGGUGCAUUGAAGGUGCUACUAGACUUGGUGGAUACUGGCUUCAACGAGGAGCAGUUUUUCAGUGUCGCGCGAGACCUUGUCAGCACCCUGUUCAAUGUGGCUACCAAUGCGUCAAGGAAGCCAAUGCUGAGGGCUUUGGCCGUCGCUGUUUUCCGCUCGUGCCUUGAUACCCUUGAGAUGGUGCUGGAACAACACAAGGUGGCUGUCAAGCAGUUCAUGGACGAGGUUCUGGGUGGAUGGUCUCCGUUCUUCAUCGAGACCCUCAAAGCCCCGUUGCCACAGGCUCCAGUCGAGCAGGAGGAAUCCAAGGACACUGAAAUCUCGUCUCAAUGGAGGGGUGUCAUUGGGUUGAAGUUGCAAGUCGUCAAGACUCUGAUGAAGAUUCGAAUGGUCUUCCCAGGUCUUUUAGUCGCCCAGAGCCCCGUCUACUUUUCGACAAUUUGGUCGGAACUCUCCAACUCUCAAGUCGUGUACCACGAAUUCUACAUCAACGAUGAACGCCAAGGCCGACUUGUUGAUGUCGAUGACCUCCCUUACAGUUUGGAUUUGUUGGUUCUGGAGGAAUUGGAUUUCAUCCAGAGCCUCUUGAAGGCACCGCCGGUCAAGGCAGAGCUGCAACAGCAGUUGCAAACUGACACUACGGCCGGCUGGCUGGCAGAGAUGUUAAAGCUGGCUAGCUCCUAUUCCCAAAUCACGUCCGAGGAAGAGGGUCUGUGGGAUGUUGAUGUCAACCUCUUUCUGUCGGAGGAAACUUCUGUCACUGCAAACUACACCCCUCGUACUUGCAGCGGGGACCUGGUAAUUAAGCUGGGAGAUUGGCUCAAAGAUGUGACCACCCAGAGUCUUCUUGCCUUUCUCAACGGCGUCUUCUCUGAUGCUUCGUCUACGUGGAAGAGCCGCGAGUCAUCCCUUUUCAUCCUCAAUGUGCUCCUCAGAGACUUGCACGAGGUCUCGCGGGACAUUGCACCGGAUGUAGCUAGCGGUUUCGGCAACUUUGCUCAAUUCGCGAUUCAGCAGGAAGAGGAGCUCCUGCGUGCGCGAGGUUUCCUUGUGGCGGGAAGUUUAGCAAAGGUGUCCAAGGUUGGCGAAGCUUACCUUGAGGCAACUCUCAAGGCGAUCGCUGAGGACCCGUCAGAAGUCGUAAAGGUGGCCUGCAUUCGCUCACUACAGGACUUGCUGCCUUCAGCUUCCCCCAAUACCGCUAUCCCUCUUCAGCAGUCUAUAAUUUCUGCGGUCUCCGAAUUCGUCGCCGCUCACGAUCUCCGCGAGUCGUCCGACACUGAUGACCUCAAAGUUACCUUAGCCGAAACUCUCCGUGAUACAAUCAUGGUUGAUACUGGUGUCGUGCUCACAUCUACGGCACUCGACGUCCUGUUUAACGUUGCCAGCAACGGUGCUACGAACUUUCAGCUGACAAUGACCGUAACGGAGGCCUUUGAGGAUAUAGUCGAAAUCAUCUCGGACCGAGGCGCUGAUGCAUUUGUCCGUCUCUGCGAAAAGGUCCUUCCUUCGAUCAUGGGCGCGGUCGACGUCGGUAAUAUGACUCAGGAUAUUUCAUUGACUAUUUUUGCCGCUGACCUCCUGCGUGGUCUUACGGAGCGAGCCCUUGAGCCGCUGCCGGCAGGCUUUGUCGAGACUGUCAUGCCGAAAGCGAACCGGCUUCUGCUGGAUUCGCAAGAUGCAGAGCUCAUUCGGCCCGCCACGGAAGCUGUGAGACAUAUCCUUGCGCACGAUUUCAAUCAAUUUGUCACCUGGCGGGACCCCCAAAGCGGAAAAGAGGCAAUUGAAGUUGUUCUUGUGAUUAUCGACCGUCUUCUGGGCCCCACAGUUGACGAUCACGCUGCAACGGAAGUCGGUCAGCUUGCUGCGGAACUGGUUGAGAAGGCAGGCUCGGAACGACUGGGACCAUACCUCCCACAGCUUUUGCAAGCCGUUGCCCGGCGCCUUGCCACCGCCGAGAAGGCUCAAUUCAUCCAGAGUUUGAUCCUCGUGUUCGCUCGGCUGACGCUUGUCAGCGCGCGCGAGGUCGUUGACUUCCUGGCGCAGGUCGACAUUGGUGGACAAAGUGGCUUGCCUAUUGUGAUGAGCAAGUGGCUGGAAAACUCGGUCAACUUUGCCGGGUACGACGAAAUCAAACAAAAUAUCAUCGCGCUGGCAACCCUGUACAACCUGGAAGACCCCCGACUGGCUCAGGUGCAGGUCAAGGGAGACCUCAUUGUGCAAGACACCGGGCGAAUCAAGACUCGAUCUCAGGCUCGCAACAACCCCGACCGCUACACGACCGUCAGUGCGCCUCUGAAGAUAGUCAAGGUCCUCGUGGAAGAGCUGGCGGCUGCUUCCGGAAACAAGGAGAUUGACGCAGCCACCGCGGCGGCGCUGGAUGAGGAAGGCAGCGAUGAUGAUGAUGAGUGGGAAGACGUGCCUGAUAAUACUCUUGACCUCAGUCUCGGAGUCACUAAGCAAGAGCUAAUGGCAUUCGGCGAAGGUGGUACUGAAGGGGUGUUUGGAGUCCGCAAGCGCGAUGAUGAGACGCAGGCGUUCUUGCUAGAGUUCUUCCGAAACGCUUCUACGAAAGCCGAGUUCCAGCAGCUCUUCGCAGCCUUGACGCCGGAUGAGCAGGAGAAGCUUCGGAGUUUGGGUUGA